UAAUAAAGUUUUAGACCACGUUCUAAUCCUCCUCCCCGAUCAUUUGAGGCAGCUUUCUCCCUUGAAAGGCGCCUCUCUCCUCUCAAACGAGCCAAACUCAUCACCCUCGCAGAACCCUAAACAUUAAACCUUACCAAAGUAAAAAAGCUCUAAUGGCGGAACACAAACCAGAUGUAUCAUUGAAAGAUCAAGGAAAUGAGUUUUUCAAGGCUGGAAACUACCUAAAAGCAGCUGCCAUAUACACUCAAGCCAUCAAGAAAGAUCCUUCUAACCCUACGCUUUACAGCAAUCGUGCUGCAGCAUUUCUAAAUCUUGUUAAGCUUCAGAAAGCACUCACGGAUGCUGAAACAACAAUAUCUUUGAAUCCUAGCUGGGAAAAGGGUUACUUCAGGAAAGGAUGUGUAUUAGAGGCCAUGGAACGAUACGAUGAUGCAUUGGAAGCCUUUAGGAUAGCUUCACAACACAACCCACAAAGUACAGAGGUGUCAAGAAAGAUCAAGAGAUUGACACAGUUAUCAAAAGAUAAAAAACGAUCAGAAGAAGUGGACAAUAUGAGAUCAAAUGUUGAUUUGGCAAAGCACUUGGAUAGUUUCAAGUCUGAAUUGGCACAAAAGUAUGUAGUUGAGGAAUCUUGGAAAGAUAUAUUCUCUUUUGUUGUUGAAACAAUGGAGAAUGCUGUAAAGUCAUGGCAUCAAACAUCUAAUGUUGAUGCUAGAGUUUAUUUCCUUCUUGAUAAAGAAAAAACAGACACUGAAAAAUAUGCACCUGUUGUCAACAUUGACAAGGCAUUCGAGUCACCCCAUACACAUGGUGAUUGUUAUUCCUUUUUAAGGCAAUAUGCCACAGACUCUUUCUCUCAAGCAGCAUGCUUAGUUGCACCCAAAACUAUCAUUUCAUAUCCACAGGUGUGGAAAGGACAGGGACCAAGGAAAUGGAAGCAUGGACAAAGUGAUGGAUUUUUUGUGCAGUUUGAAUCUCCUCUUCUUAGAAAAGAAUGGUUCAUUUCUAGUUCUUCAGAGAAGGGCCAAAUAUUAUGCAAGGAUCCAGUGGCAUUAGAUAUCAGUGCCCAUGAAGUGCUUCCCAGGAUAUUUAGAGAUACCUGAUCAUUGGCUUGUUUGGAAUGGAUAUGAAAGAGAUGGAUUUUUGAGGAUAUUGGAAAGAUUUUUAAAAAGUUUUGUUCAGCUUCCAUAAUUAUAUAGUCAAGUUGCUCCUACGUUUUAUGUUUUGUGUUUCUUUUUUUUUCCAAGAUUUGUGAAUCACUUUUGCACUUGUUUUAGGUUGGAUGAUCUCUUGUUGCAUUUUUUUUUUUGUGUGUGAAAAAUACAGGAAAUUAUACAAUGUGCCAAGGUACAUAUGUAAUUGUAGUGCUACAAGUAGAGAAGCAUGACUUUGAAAGUCUUCAAACAAAAUGUGUACCGUACAACUCUGGUGUUUGACUUGCUUUGUACUGUGAGUCUACCAAAAAAAAAUUAUAGUUGUCUUAUCC